AUGCCAGACAACGUCGGUAUAAAAUGGGCUCCUGAUCUGCAACGAGCCUCUCACACUGUUAACACUGGCGGACACAUCAGGGACAUUGAAGAGGACCGUGGGACCGGCUUCAACGACGUCCUGUCGGGAGACGUAUAUCAAAAUCUCGGCGGCACAGAGUCUGACACUCAACGAAAUACUCCUACCGCUCUUUCUGCUCAACACCCCCCCGAUCCAGUGGAUGAGGAUGAGCUUCACGAGUUGAACUGGAAUUCAAAGUAUGGGAUCGCAGCGUCGCCUGGGUUUGCCCCGCUCAAGUCCCAGCAAUCCCUUCCGUCGUCGACCCAGAAUUCUUCAAACUCGUUGAAGGCUCUCGCCGAGCGCGACGUUGACCGGUCGCCUGGUUCGGCAGCUUCACUUAUAAACCGCGCCCUGUCAACUAAGUCCUCCCACGGCCAAAUUCGCGGCCGCCGUACUUCUCACUCUAAAUCAUUCUCGACUUCAUUUGCCAACUCAACUCGUCUAUCCAACAACGACCACCCAACCUAUCCUAUCCAGUCGUUUGAAGCACUACAAGCUCAGUUCCAUGCCCCACGACCAACGCGGCCUCUCCGCACGAGAAGCUCGCAUCCGGCCCAAAAUCUUCUUUACAACGAAAUGUCCACGUGGACUAGGCAAGGUCGUGAACGUAACUCGCCUAGCGUGCAGGCCGCAAUGACUGCAGACAAUACUCCGAUGUCGAGUCCAGGUCUGCUGCAUUCGGGCGACCGAAUUCCGUCGGCUUCGUCUCUCAGCGACGCUGAACGUCAACCACACCAUCUUCAACCUCCAAAAGAAACCCACACCGUCGAGAUCGACCAUGAUCACUUCUCCGGUAAUAAAUUCGUCAACAACUACGAGAUCAUCGAGGAAAUAGGACGUGGUGAACAUGGUAAAGUCAAACUCGGCAGAGACGUGGAGAGGGGCACCAUCGUAGCGGUCAAGAUCGUCCCAAGAUACUCUGGCAAGCGGCGGCUUGGUCGCUUAGGAACUCCAGAAGAUCGAACAAAGCGCGAGGUGGCCAUCCUCAAAAAGGCCAGGCACCCGAACGUGGUCAGUCUCCUGGAAGUCAUCGACGACCCCAACAAGAACAAGGUCUACCUCAUUCUCGAGUAUGUCGAAAAGGGUGAAAUCAAGUGGAGGAAGCCAGGAGUCCGCGAGGUCCUGGCAGUAAACAAUACUAGAUUCGAGCAAGAAAGGGCUGGGAUUGAGCUUUCACUUGAACCUACUGAAAGAGACCUUUUCAGUGUCAGUCAAGCCAAAAGACGCCAUGAGAUGCAAGACAAAGCCCGCGCCUUAAACACUAAUCCCACCCCGAAUUGGAGCCUCGAGCACGGAGGCGAGGAUUUUGAAGAGGACGAGGAGCUAUCUGAGGUCUCUCGUUCUGCCUCCCGCCACUUCUACGAGUCCAGCAAUCCCAGCAGGACUAGUUCUCAUGAUGAGUAUGCGGAAGGAGCUCUGGCGGGCAGCAUGUAUGGCGCUUAUGCCCCAGAUGCUUACCGUGGUCGGAGCUUCAGCAUCGCUGCUAGCGUUGGCGCGCUCUCUCACAUGUCGUCCGAAUGGAACUUCGACGAGACCGACGACGAGCAUGCCUAUGUUCCAGCUCUAACGUUGGAGGAAGCCCGCCGGACCUUUCGGGAUACGCUCUCCGGUCUUCAGUUUCUGCACUUCAUUGGUAUCAUCCAUCGUGAUAUCAAGCCAGCGAAUCUCCUGGUCGCAAGCAACGGUACUGUCAAGAUAUCUGAUUUUGGCGUGUCGUACCUCGGACAUCCCAAGGAUCCUGAGGAUCCUGACUACAAGCUGACCGAGAAUGAUGUUUCUGCGUUAGACGACGAGAAAGAACUAGCAAGAUCCGUUGGGACGCCUGCUUUCUGGGCCCCUGAACUCUGCUAUGAAGAUCCAGCCAUGUUUGAAGAAAAGGAUGGCCCAAAGAUCACUGGCGCACUAGACCUUUGGGCAUUGGGGAUCACACUCUAUUGUAUGGUAUACGCCCGGUUGCCGUUCUACGCAACUGAAACCAUGGGACUUCACGAAGCAGUAUGCCGGACCGAGGUUUUUCUCCCAAGGACUCGACUUGUGCCGGUCGACACAUCUCAAGACAAGCCAACCUCCGAGGUGCCAAAUUCCAUCAAUAGUAACAAGAGACUCGACUAUGAACUCAAAUUCGAGGUAGUUCCAGACGCGGUGCGCGACCUCAUUCGUCAACUCCUAAUCAAGGAUCCCGCGAAGAGAAUGACAAUCGAACAAGCCAAGCAGCAUGAGUGGGUUGUCGAGGGCUUGCAAGAUCCGUCACAAUGGAUCAAUGAUCCUGACUUGGAGAAAGACAGCAAGAAGAAAAUCUUAGAUGUAGACGAGAGGGAAAUGUCGCACGCAGUCGUCAGGAGGAACAUCAUUGAGCGUGCACUCAGCACAGCUGGACGAAUCGCAGGCAAUUUGCUUGGAAGGAGCAAUACGCGGAAGCGUGCUCCUAGUACAGCCACAACGGCUAGCCACUCGAGCGACUCCAUUGCCUCGCCAGCAGGGUCCAGUACAAGCACUGUUGGGAAGACUGAGCGAGACAAGAUACGUGAUACACGUCGAUCUAGUCUGCGCGGCGACGAACUUCUGACGGCUUUGAAAACGUCGAGAGACGCCACCGAGCAUCCGCUGGCACAAAGCCAGACUGCCAGUCCAGACUCAGCCGGACAAGAACACUAUUUCAGUGAGUCGUUUUCCACCCAAAAGGCUGCGUCGUCGGCUUGUACUCCCAUGGCCAUACGCGAAGGACGACCUCCUGCCCCUGACAGAGCAACGUCAACCCUCUCCACGGCCGAUUCUGUCAAGACAAUUAGGGCCUCGCAACUGCAGCGAUUGCCCUUGCCGUCUUCAGGCUUAGCGCGUGACGAACGACCUGUCUCCCUCGACAGAGGCUUCAGAGCCAGAGUCGAUGGGCUUUGGGAAGGGACUACAAAGACCUUGGCACGCAUUGGGAGUCGAGAAAGACGGUCUCCGCGAGACGAGCGGUCUCCAUCGUCAAGCCGGAAGUCUUCCGAAGGUGAUGCACGCGCCGAACCCAGCGUUGCCGUGAGCACUGCUUUGGCUGCAGGUGCUAUUGAACCACCUGAUCUUCUUCGUGAUGCCGCUCUAACCGCUGAGCAGAACGGUUCUCCGCCAACGCCACAUAUCGUGACCCAGAGUGACUAUAGGGCUUCAUUUCGAGCACCGACAUCAAGCCAGGAGGCCUUUGAACAAGCUCAAGGAGUCAAUCAGCGGCGUCAUCUACAGGAAGUCCAGCAUCAAGUUCAAGCGGCCACAGAGGCUGGUUCAAAACCGCAGAACGUCGUGACCGAUGAAUGUCCUCCUUCCCCGGACGACAUUGCCUUCCUCGAGAGACAGCGUACACAGGUCUCGGGUGAAGCACCGCCCUUCUUCCUUGGGUCAAACGCUAUUCAAGGAGGACCGUCGGCAAGCACCAUUGCCUCGUCUCUAGAUGGCUACGGUGCAAGCAGUGUCUCGCAAAGCAUGUCGAAUCCGAGCAUUGGAAUAAUCUCGGGUGCCUCUUCCCCGCCAGGAGAAGGCUUCCUGGGUCCAGCAUAUACGGAAGCACCCAGAGAUAUUUCGGCCCUCGGUAAAGAGCCACUUCCUGAGUUCAUGCGCACCGCGGACACAAUCACCAAACAUGGACGGCCUACACAAAUCGCCAGCGGCCCGGCGCUUGAGCAUUGGCAGAAUGCAACCCACGAUGACGACCACGACGGCGAUGACGACUCAGAUGACGGAAUGAUGAUGCCCGCUUCUACAAACAAGAGGUUUUAA